UCGCACCUGUAAUAAUGACAUUCUUGAUUAAGCGCUCACUCAAUAUACAUUGAGAAAAUAGUGUUUUUUUUUGCUUUAAUAUUUUAUCGGAAAAAUAAAAAUAGACAAGAAUAAAAUAUCAAAAUGGGAAUUUUAUCAUUUAUUCUAAUCGGUUGUGUUAUGACAACGACGACAAUGUUAAUUAGUGUUGAAGCAGAUGAUGCAGAACAUUAUCCAAUAAGAUGGGUGGAAAUUGACAUAAAACCAAUAGUCGAUAAUGAUCGAUUGUUUAAAAAAUAUACGGAAUGCAUUAUUUCGGAUAAAAUGAAGGGAUGUCCCAAGGAAGCUCUACAAAUUAAAAGCGCUGUACCGGAAAUUAUGGAGACGCUUUGCAAAAAGUGCCUGCCUAUUCAUAUUUCACGAGGAAAGGAAUACGCUUCCUAUGUUUGUACAAAACGGCCAGAGGAAUCGCUGGCAAUUCUUAAGAAACAAGAUCCAACUGGUGCGAUUCGAACACGAUUUGAGAAUACGUUUGGAGUUGUUGAAGAAUGUAAAGAUAUACAUGUAUGAAAAUUUAGUUGUUUUUUUUGUAUAGAUACUUUACAAUUGAGGGGCUGGAUGCUAUAAUGUGUUACGCGUGAACACACGGCCAGUCAGUUGGGUUAUGGAGAGAAAAUUUUGAAGUUGUUCAAAAUGAAUUUAAAAUUAUUGUUUCUUGUUUAGAAUUUCAAGGCGAAACUUUUUUUCUAAUAAAAUUUUUUUAUAUAAUUGUUUGUUUUUAAGUAAAUUGAGAAAAGCGUGAUUUUCUAACCUAAGAAAUUUUAAUGAAUUUUUGACUUCAACUCGUGAUUACUUCGUUAAAUAUUAAUAUUUUUCCACGAAAUUUACACACAAUAUUCUUCAAACUA